CUUCGCGUUUCCUUCUACCAAAAAAUAUCUUGGCCUUUCCUUUGCCCAUCCGUUUGUUUCCUGUAGCUCCCACGCCCGGCCAUACAAAUAUUACUAUUCCCCAAUCCAAAUGAAGCACCUUUAGCAGAAUCCAUGGCUGCUUCCACCUCUCUUCCUUUCCUCUUGAUUUUUUCUUCAAUGCUUCUCUUUCUGAGCAGUGCUUUCUUGAUCUUGGCGGCUCCCGAGAGUGCUCUGAUCACUCAUCUCCCGGGCUUCAACGGCACCUUCCCAUCCAAGCACUACUCUGGGUAUGUGACUGUAGAUGAGAGCCAUGGGAGGAAUCUCUUCUACUACUUCGUGGUCUCAGAAGGAAACCCGUCCGAGGACCCCGUUGUCUUGUGGCUCAAUGGCGGGCCAGGUUGCUCCAGCUUCGACGGCUUCAUCUAUGAGCAUGGUCCCUUCAACUUUCAAUCUGGAGGGUCUACUGGGAGCAUGCCACAGCUGCAUCUCAAUCCUUAUAGCUGGUCUAAGGUUUCUAACAUUCUCUAUUUGGACUCUCCUGCCGGUGUUGGAAUGUCAUACUCAAAUGAUAAAUCAGACUAUACUACUGGAGAUCUGAAGACUGCCUCUGAUUCACACAAAUUUCUUUUGAAGUGGUAUGAACUAUACCCAGAGUUCCAACAGAAUCCUUUCUAUAUUUCUGGAGAAUCAUAUGCUGGAGUCUAUGUUCCAACUCUUGCAUCUGAAGUUGCCAAAGGGAUUGAAGAUGGUCUAAAGCCUACUAUCAACUUUAAGGGCUAUAUGGUUGGAAAUGGUGUUACCGACACAGUGUUUGACGGGGAUGCUCUUGUUCCGUUUGCUCAUGGAAUGGGUCUCAUAUCAAAUGAUUUAUUUCAGGAGGCUAAUGCUGCCUGUCAUGGGAGUUACUGGAAUCCAGCAAAUGAGAGCUGCCAAACCAUGCUAAACAGGGUUGAUUGGGAACUUCGUAACCUAAACAUCUAUGAUAUCCUUGAGCCAUGCUAUCAUACUCUCGAAAUUAGAGAAGUUUUGUCUGGAAACAGCAGGUUGCCUUCAAGUUUCAGAAGACUAGGUGAGACCAAUAGGCCUCUCCCAGUGAGGAAAAGAAUGUUUGGCCGUUCUUGGCCUCUAAGAGCUCCAGUACAAGAUGGAUAUGUUCCAACAUGGCCAGAGCUGGGAAGUUCUUCAGUUCCUUGCAUGGUUAGUGCAGGAAUUAUUUCUUUCCUUGUUGUUCAUCUUAUUUACCUAUUACUUCUCACUAAGUAG